ACGGUGGGACCGUAUCUGUCCUGUCGGGGAAACUGAAGUGUUUUUUUACGUGGAAUAAUUCCUCGUUUUGGUUAUCUAGUUGAUCAGACGUGUUGGUCUUGUUGAUUUCAUCUCGCCCAGCUGGCUCGUCUAGUCAUUUUCUAGUCAUUUUCCGAUAAAAGAAAAAGCGAUCGGAUUAAUUGAACUACAGUACGAUGACUACCUUGAAUUCUGUGGAUCGAGUUGAACUGUGCGACAGCCUUUUGACAUGGAUCCAGACGUUUGGAUUGGAGGCACCGUGCAAAACAGUGGAAGAUCUAACCAGUGGGAUCGUCAUGGCCCAUGCACUACAGAAGAUAGACAUUGUGUAUUUCACUGACAACUGGAUCAGUAGGAUCAAGCUCGAUGUGGGAGAUAACUGGCGACUAAAGAUCAGUAAUCUAAAGAAGGUGUUGAAAGGUAUACUGGACUACAACAGGGAGGUCCUUCAACAGCAGAUCAACGACUUCACCCUGCCAGACAUCAACCUGAUAGGAGAACACGCAGACGCUGCAGAGCUGGGCAGGAUGCUACAACUCAUACUAGGCUGUGCUGUCAACUGUGAGCAGAAACAAGAAUACAUCCAGACCAUAAUGAUGCUGGAGGAAUCUGUUCAACAUGUUGUCAUGACAGCCAUUCAAGAGCUGAUGAGCAAAGAGUGUCCAGUUAUGGGAGGAAGCGACUCGUACGCUGACAUGGAUAGACAGCUGAAGAGGACAGUGGAGGAUCUGAACGAGGCUCUAGCCACCAAGGAGGAGAUCGCACAGAGAUGUCACGAGCUUGACAUGCAGGUGGCAGCGCUACAGGAGGAGAGGGGUAGUCUCCUGGCUGAGAACCAGAUCCUCAUGGAGCGUCUCAACCAGUCGGACUCCAUAGAAGACCUGAACAGCCCUGUAGGACGCAGACACCUGCAGCUUCAAACACAGCUGGAACAGCUCCAGGAGGAGACCUUCAGGUUGGAGGUAGCGAAGGAUGACUAUCGUAUCCGCUGUGAGGAGUUAGGAAAGGAACUGACAGAGCUGAGAGGACAGAAUGAAGAGCUCACCUCCCUGGCUGACGAGGCCCAGUCACUGAAGGACGAGAUGGACGUACUCAGACACUCGUCGGACAAGGUGUCCAAGCGAGGUCAUGGUGAGUCGUACAAGAAGAAGCUAGAGGACCUGGGAGAUCUGAGGAGACAGGUCAAACUGUUGGAGGAGAAGAACACUCUGUACAUGCAGAACACUGUCAGUCUGGAGGAAGAAGUACGCAAGGCCAACACCACGAGAGGACAGCUGGAGUCCUACAAGAGACAGGUGGUAGAGCUGCAGAACAAGCUGUCUGAGGAGUCGAAAAAGACAGACAAGAUGGAGUUUGAAUACAAGAGACUCAAGGAGAAGGUGGACUCUCUCCAGAAAGAAAAAGAUCGGAUGAGGUCAGAGAGAGACUCCCUAAAGGAGACCAUUGAGGAUCUGCGUUUUGUUGAGGCUCAGGAAGGACAGCUGUCUACAGGCAUGGUUCCACUCGAGGGCUCUGAUUCGCUGGCUGCAGAGAUCGUCACCCCAGAGAUCCGAGAGAAGCUGAUCAGACUGCAGCAUGAGAACAACAUGUUGAAGCUGGCCCAGGAGGGGUCCGAUAACGAGAAUAUCGCUCUGCUGCAGAGUCUACUGGAGGACGCUAACAGCAGGAAGAAUGAACUGGAGACAGAAAACAGACUGGUGAACCAGAGACUGAUUGAGGGUCAGAGUCAGGUGGAGGAGCUGCAGAGGAAUCUUCAGGAACAGGGCUUCAAAGCAGAGGAUUCAAUCAUUCUGAAGAAGAAAAAUGAUGCUCACAUGGAGAAGUUACGGGAAGUCAACAGUGAACUGCAGAAGAAGAUGGCGUACAUCGAUGACUUGGAGCCCAAGUACACCUCUAGCUCCCAGAAAGUAGAGGAACUGGAAGAGGCGUUAAAGAAGAAGGAUGAAGACAUGAAGCAGAUGGAGGACAGAUAUAAGAAGUACCUGGAGAAGGCUAAGAGUGUUAUCCGGACCCUGGACCCUAAACAGAACCAAGGCUCAGCACCAGAGGUCCAGACCCUCAAGAAUCAGCUGCAGGAGAGGGAAAGGAUGCUGCAGUCUCUGGAGAAAGACUACGACAAGACCAAGGCCCAGAGAGACCAGGAGGAGAAACUCAUAGUGUCUGCCUGGUACAACAUGGGCAUGGCUCUCCAGAAGAAGGCAGCAGAGGACCGUCUGGCCAGUACGGGUUCAGGACAGUCCUUUCUGGCUCGCCAGAGACAGGCUACCAGUACACGCCGCUCUUACCCCGGAUACCCGGGACCCCAGUCCGCCACCGCCAGGUAGACAUGGCGCCGCGACUCUUCAACCCGACCUUUGACCGCCGACCCUUCCAGGCCAGGUACCACCACGGCCAGGUAGACGCGGCACCCUGCUGAAACCCCUACAUGACCCUUUUUUUCCCCCCUGACCCUUGACCCCUGCAGGUGUUCAUCAGGGCACACACAGUCCAGUUGUAUGAGUGUCGGCUGAGUGGUUUAGGAUAAACGUCUCCUCUUAUGAAUCCUUUUUUGUUCUCUGUCCUCCUCCACGGUCCUUCAGUCUCCCUUUUUAAAUCUGGUUUACCUGGAUUUAUUGUCAAUAAUUAUUAUGUACAUUUCUGUAAAACGAUGUUACUGUUCUGUUUAUUUUCUUCUGUCUGGAUUCCUCCUGUCUAAUAACUGUCGUUUCUGUGUAACACAAGAACUUGAGUAGAGAUGCAACUUUAGUUGUUGUUGUAUUUGAACCCUUGUGAAAAUGAAAAAAAACAGGAGAAUAUUUUCAUAUCUUUUGCUUGAAUGCGCUUUAGUUUUGGAGAGGGUAGAUCCACUACAUAGAGGGUUUGUGACCAGUUGGUAUCUUUACACCCAGUACAGUACAUAGUAUGUGUUAAAUGUGUUCAGUCUCUUAGGCAGUCUUUGUUUUACAUGUAGUCUGUUUUAGGCAGGCUGUAGUGGCCUGUAGUUGGACUCCACUAGCCUGGGACUUAGCAGUAGAAAAGGGAAUUAUACACAUACUGCAUUAACAGAACAGAGAUUCAUAUUGAUCAAGUGUUUCUCCUGAAAUGAAGGGAAACCUCUUCCCCUGUAUACUCCUGUUCUCAAAUCAACCAGUAGUCAUUAUCGAUUAUUUAUCAGUCAAUAGUUUAUUGAUUUGAUUAUUGUGAACGAGUGAGUCUCUCUCCCUAUUAUCCUGUGUUGCUGGAGGGAAAUACAGAACUGUCCUCUAGAUCCACACUAGUAACUAACGCGCUGCACAGCUGUGACCGUCCCAUAUGAACCCGUCUGCAUGCUAACCGUCUGCAUCCACUACCUAUGCGCUGGACCUAGUCAAACAGUGGCUAUGAUGUUGUAUGUAUAGCAUAGCAAAAAAGCCAGUGGAGUGGUCUGCAAUACAAACGUAAAAUAACCACUGCUGCCACCCAAGGAGGAGAAAUUUACAGGGAGGUAGGUUAUAAACUUUACAGGGAGGUGGUUAUAAACUUUACAGGGAGGUGGAUUAUAAACUUUACAGGGAGUUGGAUUAUAAACUUUACAGGGAGGUGAUUAUAAACUUUACAGGGAGGUAGUUAUAAACUUUACAGGGAGGUGGUUAUAAACUUUACAGGGAGGUAGGUUAUAAACUUUACAGGGAGGUGGUUAUAAACUUUACAGGGAGUUGGAUUAUAAACUUUACAGGGAGGUGAUUAUAAACUUUACAGGGAGGUAGUUAUAAACUUUACAGGGAGCUGGAUUAUAAACUUUACAGGGAGGUGGAUUAUAAACUUUACAGGGAGGUGGAUUAUAAACUAUACAGGGAGGUGGGUUAUAAACUUUAAAGGGAGGUGGAUUAUAAACUUUACAGGGAGGUGGGUUAUAAACUUUACAGGGAGGUGGUUAUACACUUUACAGGGAGGUAGGUUAUAAACUUUACAGGGAGGUAGUUAUAAACUUUACAGGGAGUUGGAUUAUAAACUAUACAGGGAGGCAUAAUGACUGGGUAUCUGCUAGCAUGUGCUAACGCUAGUUAGCAAAACUACCUGUAACUUCCUUCAUAUUUGACACAGAGACAAAUAGGGAAAUAGAUAUAGGGCCUCAUUGCCAAAAACCCCAAAGUAUCCCUUUCAUUUAUAAAUCGCUGCGCUAUGUCAAUGAGGUGAGCUAGGAUAACGUAAUGUCAUGUCAUAUUCUCUGACCUACCUAACAACCAGCAUGUGUUAUUGUGUUCUGUAGGUUUCAUCCAGGAGUGGAUAGGCAGUAGCCUUGAUGUUCUACAGAUUGCAGUGGGCAGUACUUGACCACUAUGUUAAAGAUACUUCUGAUAUCUUAUCAUUUCUGUCAUGGUAGUCCAGGGCUGUCCAACCCUGUUCCUGGAGAGCUAACCUCCUGUAGGUUUACAUCUAUGUAGUCCAGGACUCUCCAACCCUGUUCCUGGAGAGCUAACCUCCUGUAGGUUUACAUCUAUGUAGUCCAGGACUCUCCAACCCUGUUCCUGGAGAGCUAACCUCCUGUAGGUUUACAUCUAUGUAGUCCAGGACUCUCCAACCCUGUUCCUGGAGAGCUAACCUCCUGUAGGUUUUCAUCUAUGUAGUCCAGGACUCUCCAACCCUGUUCCUGGAGAGAUAACCUCCCGAAGGAUUUCGCUCCAACCCCAGUUCUAACUAACCUGAUUCAGCUUAUCAACCAGCUCAUUAUAGUUACUAGGCUAGAUCUGUAGUUACUAGGCUAGAUCUGUAGUUACUAGGCUAGAUCUGUAGUUACUACGCUAGAUCUGUAGUUACUAGGCUAGAUCUGUAGUUACUAGGCUAGAUCUGUAGUUACUACGCUAGAUCUGUAGUUACUGGGCUAGAUCUGUAGUUACUGGGCUAGAUCUGUAGUUACUAGGCUAGAUCUGUAGUUACUAGGCUAGAUCUGUAGUUGCUAGGCUAGAUCUGUAGUUGCUAGGCUAGAUCUGUAGUUGCUAGGCUAGAUCUGUAGUUACUACGCUAGAUCUGUAGUUACUAGGCUAGAUCUGUAGUUACUAGGCUAGAUCUGUAGUUACUAGGCUAGAUCUGUAGUUACUAGGCUAGAUCUGUAGUUGCUAGGCUAGAUCUGUAGUUACUAGGCUAGAUCUGUAGUUACUACGCUAGAUCUGUAGUUGCUAGGCUAGAUCUGUAGUUGCUAGGCUAGAUCUGUAGUUGCUAGGCUAGAUCUGUAGUUACUAGGCUAGAUCUGUAGUUACUAGGCUAGAUCUGUAGUUACUUCGCUAGAUCUGUAGUUGCUAGGCUAGAUCUGUAGUUACUAGGCUAGAUCUGUAGUUACUAGGCUAGAUCUGUAGUAACUAGGCUAGAUCUGUAGUUACUAGGCUAGAUCUGUAGUUACUACCACCCUCUAUCAGUUUGACCGUUUUGAUCCCAAUCGAUCAUUAUGCCCUGUCCUGUAUCAUUAUAACCAAACCUCUUACUGGUUGUUAUUGUCCUCUCCUCUCUCUCUCGCCUCCUCUCUCUCUCGCCUCCUCUCUCUCUCACCUCCUCUCUCUCUCUCACCUCCUCUCUCUCUCUCACCUCCUCUCUCUCUCUCUCUCUCACCUCCUCUCUCUCUCACCUCCUCUCUCUCUCUCUCACCUCCUCUCUCUCCACUCCUCUCUCUCUCUCACCUCCUCUCUCUCUCGACUCCUCUCUCUCUCUCAUCUCCUCUCUCUCUCACCUCCUCUCUCUCUCACCUCUCUCUCUCCACUCCUCUCUCUCUCUCACCUCCUCUCUCUCUCACCUCCUCUCUCUCUCUCUCUCACCUCCUCUCUCCACUCCUCUCUCUCUCUUUCGCACUCUUUUUGCUCUCUCUCUCUUUCUCUCCUUCCCCUCCUCUCCUCUCUUUUCCCUCCUCUCCACAGUGAUGACAUUACAUGACCAGCGCAGGCA